AUGGCUCUAGUCUUCCAGUUAGGUGUCGGUGGGCCUGGUUGGUUGGAGAUGUUUGUUUGGUUGCUUGAUCUUCGCUUGCUUGUGAUGUUUGUUUGGCCGGUUGAUACUUUUUUGCUUGCGAUGGUAGCCAUCAGCGUCGAAUCAGUGGCAAUGGCAUUGGCAGGGAGCAACAGCGAACAGGCUGUUGCUUCCCUCUCGUCUCUCAGAGAGGCGGACAAAGCCCCGCGCUACGCACCACAAAUGCACCCAGCAGCCUCACCCGUCGCGGACUCGAGGACUCUGAGCAGGGGAGACCUGCGUGAAGCUUGGAGAGGCGAGCACCGGCGCAGCCGCAGCCGGCGGGCUCCCAAGGGCCGCUCUCCCAAGGGGCUGCGGCUCCGAUCGGCGCACCCGCACCGCAGCCCGCGAGCGAAUCGCGACCGCAAGCGCAGUCGGGAGCGGCCGUCGGAUCCUCCGAAGAAGGCUCCGAAACUGGACAAUGCGAUCUCGCCGCAGGCGAGCAGAAGGCGCAGCCGCUCUCCUCGACCUCGGCCUGCCCGGCCCCGGUCGCGAAGUCAACCCCCGCGGCAAAGAUCGCCUGCCUCCAAGCGCGUCCCCUCGCCUCGACCGGCGAAGUCCCCGCGGGCGGCGCGAUCGCCGGUGAAGAGCCGGGGCCCCUCGCCACUGAAGCCACACCAGCAGUCAGAAGGUGAGGUGCAGGCCGAGACCAAGACGAGCUCCCCAAAGGCCUUGCCUGCUGCCACGCCGGCGCAGCCCACCCCGCAGAAAUCCCCGCAGAAAGCCGCGGCGGCGGCGCCGCCUCCAGCAAAGGAGUCUGCGAAGGAGAACCCUGGGAAAGAAAAAGCUGCGAAGGAGAAGGUUGCGAAGGCUGCGGAAGAGGAGGAAGACGAGUACGAGUACGAAUCGACCACCAGCAGCUCCGCAGAUGCCAGGCGGCGGCCGAAGCGGGACGACCGAAGGCAGCAGGAUGCCUGGCCGUAUGCGGCUCUGGGAGCUGCCGCCGGAUCUUUAGCUGCAGCGCAGGCGCAGGCUGUAGCCGCCCAGCAGGCAGCAGCAGCCGCCUUGCCCGCCUACCCACCCGGCAACUUUGGUGGCUACAACGGCACCUACUCCGCCUGGCCCAACUCCUGGCCUGGCGGCCACAUGUACCCCGAGUAUUCCUCCAUGGCGUCGGGGCCGCCGCACCGUGGCAGCUACAAAGGCGGCCGCCGUGAUCAGCAUCGUGCCGGCAUCACCGCCCCGCGCUACCGAAGGCCCCUUCCCGAGCCGCCCAAGGAUGUGAAGGAGGCCGCUCCGCUGAAGGCUGAAGGCCCUGCAGCCGCAGGGCCAAGCGCCGGGCCCCAACCGGCCCUACCAGCUCCCGAGCCGAAGGAUGCCGAGGCCAAGCAGGAGGUCACCAAGCCGAGUCCGACAGCUGAGGCACCGAAGGAGGAACCCGCUCCGGCCGUCGUGGAGAGGGCAGACUGA